AAAAUUAAACAUUGCCUCAACAGUUCAAAUAUUGUAAUCCAAUAAAUAAUAAAUAGUAAUUAAUACAAACCUACAAAUUUAUAGUAUUAAAAUAUGGUGGUGUCAGAAGAAACACAGCCCACUGUAGAGGGGGAUGCGGCAAUCAGUAAGAAAGCGGCAAAGAAAGCAGCUAAAGCUGCGGAAAAGCAACAAAAGAAAACAGAGCAUAAGGCAGCAUCAGGACAACAACCUACCGAGGCACCAGAGUCUGACUGCUCUGAGGGUCGGUAUGGGGUUCGAAAGCUGAUACAAUCUUCAGGGGAGCACCGUGAUAGAGUAUAUACUGAUGUGGUAGAUCUUGGAGUUGCGCUGGAUGGACAAGAUGUAUGGGUCAGAGCCCGACUGCACACGUCGCGCGCUAAAGGCAAACAGUGCUUCGCAGUGCUGCGCCAGAACUCCAGCACUGUACAAAUGCUGGUCAGCGUCAGCGAGGAGAGGAAUGUCAGCAAGCAGAUGGUCAAGUUUGUUGGCAGCAUAACAAAGGAGUCCAUAGUGGAUGUAAAAGGUCGUGUGGUGAAGACCAGCUCGCCUGUGGAGUCGUGCAGCGUGCGCGACGUGGAGCUGGUGGCCGAGGAGGUGUGGCAGGUGUCAGCUGCGCGCGCGCAACUGCCGCUACAGAUAGAAGACGCCUCCAGACCGGAGAAGAAUGAUGACCCGGAAGCGCUGAAGAUCCGCGUGAACCAGGACACGCGGCUGGACAACCGCAUCCUGGACCUGCGUACUCCGGCCAACCAGGCCAUCUUCCGCGUAGAGGCCGGCGUCUGCAGACUCUUCCGUGACAUCCUCACCAGGAAAGGUUUCGUGGAGAUCCACACGCCCAAGAUAAUAUCAGCAGCGUCUGAAGGCGGCGCUAACGUGUUCACUGUCUCCUACUUCAAGUCAUCUGCGUAUCUCGCACAGAGCCCGCAACUCUACAAGCAGAUGGCCAUCGCCGCUGACUUCGAUAAGGUGUUCACUGUGGGUGCUGUGUUCCGCGCAGAAGACUCCAACACGCACCGUCACCUCACGGAGUUUGUGGGUUUGGAUCUCGAGAUGGCCUUCAAGAACCACUACCAUGAGGUGGUUGAUACCAUCGCUGACACAUUCACUGAGAUAUUCAGAGGAUUACAGGAACAAUACGCGCGCGAGAUUGCGGUAGUGGGCCAGCAGUUCCGCGUUGAGCCUUUCAAGUUCUUGGAGCCGCCGCUACGUCUGGAGUUCCCGCAGGCGAUACAGAUGUUGAAAGAAGCUGGUGUGACUGUGGGUGAGGAAGAUGAUCUGUCUACUCCUGAUGAGAAGCUGUUAGGUCGUCUGGUGAAGGCGAAGUAUGAUACCGACUUCUACAUCCUGGAUAAAUAUCCGCUCGCUGUCAGACCAUUUUAUACAAUGCCAGAUCCCAACAACCCGAGGGUGUCAAACUCAUAUGACAUGUUUAUGAGAGGUGAGGAGAUACUGAGUGGUGCUCAGCGGAUACAUGACCCUGAGUUCCUGGCGCAGAGAGCACUACAUCAUGGCAUUGAUAUCAGUAAGAUAGCGGCCUACAUUGAAUCAUUCAGACUGGGAUGUCCUCCGCAUGCAGGCGGUGGUAUAGGUCUGGAGCGUGUAGUAAUGCUGUAUUUAGGUCUCGACAACAUUCGCAAGACAUCUCUGUUCCCGAGAGACCCCAAACGAGUAACACCAUGAACUAAUAUUAUAUUUAUCCUUUGUAUUUACAUAUGUU